UACAAGCAGGAAUAUCUCUUCCGGGAAAAAUCAAAUUAUAUUUCUCCUUGUGAUUUUAAUUUAGGAUGAUGUAGCGUUCUGUACAAUACUGCCUGAGGCUAGUGUACAUGUAUAUUAAAAUAUGAUUCAUUUGAUCCGAGGAAGGCCUAUGUACGUAAUACCACACUUCACUUAACAACCAAACAAAUUAGUAGUGACAAAACAAUGAAAACAGGAAUACAGUUAAAGACUGAAAAAUGACAAUGAACUGUCCGGAUAACCACUGUUGUAAAGAUGGAUGCUAUCAGUAUUGUAGGAAGGUGGAAUGUUCAGGGAAUGGAGGGUAUAAUUCUGAUUGUGGAUUUCCGUUGAGAAAUGUGGACUGUGUAGAUGUAAUUCAUUACUCUAAGCCGUCUUGCGUACACAAUGCUGAAGAAAUUAACCAUUAUGGAAUCUUUUACGUCAGACCUGGAUGUACAGCUACUUUCAAAAUAUGUUCUGGCCAAGUUUACCAACCAAGUGACUUCCCAGCUGUCCCAAAUUUUUGGGAACCUUUUCCUGUGUUUAAAACCACACCUAUAACACCGACAUCUACGUUUACCAAUUCAAAAAACAAUAAAGGCCACAUAAUCAAACCAGCCAACAAUAAUACAAGCAAAGGAACAAAGGAGAACAGUCAAAAUACUGGGAAUUCACUUCACACAAAACCCACUAUCGAUAUGUCUGACAAUGGAGUUGUUAUGGAGGACCUAGCUAUAGGUAUUGGUAUCGGAGCAGUGUUUGCUGUAAUCCUUGUACUUGCAAUUAUUCUAGGCUGGAAAUAUUAUUUAAAAAGACAGAAAAGGAUUUUGACAGAAAAUAAUUCAGAAGUAGCUAUACCAGCAUCUAAUCAGACGGACAAUCCAUUAUAUUCUAUAGACAUGCCAAAUGCAACCAAUAGGAAUAGUUCUCUAAGUGACCAUCGCUAUGAUGAAGUUUCGUCAAAUCAAGAACCGGGUGCUCUAUCAAGAACAUUUAGUGAACCAAAAUAUGAAAGUAUUAAAUCGAGACACUUUCGCAACGGAAACAAUACGUCAGGUAACAGACGAGUAUCCAACCAGAGUAGCUUGUAUCAGACAUUUGCAGACGACGCUUCAACAAACCGGAAGCUAGAACAAACCGAUAGUGACAUUGUCUACAACUCAUAUUUUCGAGAUAGUGCUAUAAGUAAUACAAUGUCAACGACUUCGUCACACAAGUAUUUCAUUUUAGAUCCCGAUGAACUUUCACAACCAGACACAAACGUUCCACAAAUGAAAGAAAUUAAAGAAAACGACGAAGUUUCGAAACCUGAGGAGACAUAUUUUGUACUGGAGAAAACAUCUGAAAAAUAAAGUGUAACAUGCCAAA